CAAUACUGACACGAUGACUUUAAUAACAGCGACAAUACGCUACAAAAAAGAAUCCAGAGUACUACAUCGAAAACACCGAAAAUUUAUUACGGAGCUCUACAUUAAAUAUAAAAUGAACUCGAAUAAUGGAACAUUUUGCAAACACAUUAAUUCAAAGAUUAUAACGGGAGGGCAACAAUGCCCAUAUUUUACGUCCGGCGUACAAGAAAACACGAACAGGUAGAUAUUUUGUAAGAGUAUUAUGAGAAAAUCAAAAAAAAAAAAAAAUUAAAAAGAGAUCAAGCUGGUUAUAUGAUGAGUGAAAGACGAAGAGAGGGGCAAAGAAACAACCAAUGGUGAAAAAACUAGGAGGAGCUUGAACGUUCCCCCACGUAUUCUCUUUAGGGUUUAACGCUCCGCCUCUGUGUGUGAACAAAAUACCUUUUACCGUCGGUUAUACAGGCCAGUCGUUACUCAAACUCAGUUUAGUAAAGAACAAACAGUGAACAGUGAAAGUGCUAUUUAAGUAUUUAUCAAAUCAUGUACGGAUUUAGUGCUAGCCCCAUGAUGGAAGAAUAUCAUCAGAGUCAUCAUCAACAACCCCCAGCACAAUCCAACAGCCCAAGUCCUGGUGUACCCGAUGCACACAUCAAAAGACCCAUGAAUGCAUUUAUGGUUUGGUCCAGAAUACAGCGCAGAAAAAUCGCUUUGGAUAAUCCCAAAAUGCACAAUUCAGAAAUUUCCAAAAGACUCGGCGCUGAAUGGAAAUUACUUACUGAAUCCGACAAAAGGCCUUUUAUCGAUGAAGCUAAAAGAUUACGUGCUUUACACAUGAAAGAACAUCCAGAUUAUAAAUACAGACCCAGAAGGAAACCCAAAGGUCCUUUACCGUCAGGAUUAAAACCUGGAAUGGGAUUUCCUACUUUACAAUUACCGUAUUUUCCACCUAUGGACAGUUUAAGCUCACCUUAUCCGUAUUUCAAUCCGGCUUUUGAUAUGUCCAGAAUGAGUGCAGUUCCAACGUAUUCUCCACAAGGAGACAAGGGUCAUCACCAGGUUCCAACUUCCCUGCAUUCUUCAUUAUAUUCGUCACUAUAUCAUCAUCAUCAACCGCCUACAACGAAAUCGUUUGCACAAGCACACCAUAUGGGAAUGUUUCCGUCGAUAUCCACAUCACUUCCAACACCUCCAAUGAUGUAUUCAGCAUCUUCUAGUCCAGCAUCAAGUACUGGAAGUGCGGACAUGGAGAUAAGAAGGCCGGUACCGGUGAUGUAUUAGUGAUUAUACACACAUAUAGUGACUUUUUUAGUGAUAAUUUAUCAAAAUUGGAUUUUUUGGUAUGUUCGAUUCUAUUUUCUAAAUUUGGUCAAUUUUUGUUUUGAUGGUAUUCUGCAAUAUUUAGGUUUUCCACGGUUAAUUUAUUUAUUGCAAAUGUUUAUUUUAAGUUAGCGUAUAAGUUAUGUUUCUGUGAUUGUACCAGAUUAUUAUAAUACUAUGCUGCGACUGAUUUUCCCAAUUUUUUUGUAAAAA